AUGAACGCCCCUCAUAAGGCGAACCCCCAGUUCCACUACGAGCUCAAUGGAAGAAACUCCAGACCUGACGAUGGCGCUCUGAGCCAGGAGGUGCAGGAGUGCAUCCAGUUCUUCGACGACACCAUUGUCUCAUUGGAGGAGAGCCUCACGGAAGAUUACAAGAGGACGGCGCCGAGAGGCCGCGGUCCCACCGGAGAGGUCAACAGAUCAAACCCCCGUCCGGGGCUCCCUAUGUCCUCAGUCCUGACCGGACCUCCCAACCAGGACAUCAUAGACCUCGUCCGCCCGGUACCAGACCUGGUGCAGACUAGAGAGCCGGUCUUCAACCCCACCAGUCCAGAUUUCCAGAGUAUUGUGGCCCACUCUGAAAGCCACCUGGAGGUAAAGCCCUGGCGCGAUCAGAUGGACAGUCUGCCUUCAGAGUACAACCCCCCCCUCCCAAGUGGUAGCUAUGGGUCCACAGACUCCUCCUACCACCCCCCGGGCUGCAUCCCCACUCCGGUCCUGAUCGCACAGCAGAUGGCAGGGAACCAGGCGGGUGGAACCUCCAACCUCCUUCGCCAUCGCAGCUUUAACUCCGACAAGCCCCCGAGUCCCAGCUCAGAUCAACCAGGGAAACACGGCCCUCCUACCUCUGCCAAGCCGUCCCGGUUCCCAGCCAACAUCAGUGUGGUCCUCGGCAACAAGGAGCACCAGAACCAGUCUCUGGCUAACGUGCACAUUCAUGAGAGACGGGCCCAGAUGCUGGCAAACCUCACGGGAACGUCGCAUCCUUUGCUACAGGAAGAUCCCGAUCCGGCCGCGGAGCAGCAGGCUCGGAACACUCCGACCCGCAGCAUCUCCUUCAGGGAUCCCACACCAGGCUUAUCCAGGAUGGAGGCUCUGUCCAAGCUGGGCCUCAACAGGAGCCGAGCCAUGUCUGGGGGCCCGGCGCAGCUUCCUGACAGCGCCCCACUGGACACUCGCCCAGGUGCAGAGGCCAGAGCUUCCCCAACAUCAGGAACCGCCGCCAACGCCACGACACCGCCUCAAAGCCGCGGUUACACUGACAGAAGAGCUGAGGUCCUGCGAACGCCUUCCCUCAGGAGCCUGGAAGAAAGAUCUUCCCAGCCGAGCCCCUCCCCUCCAGGCGCCACACGUCACAGCUUCUCUCCAUCUCCUUAUGAAAACAAAGCAUCUGUGGCCCCCCCGCAUGAGGUCACCUCCAACAGCUAUGGAGGGAAAUCAAUCGUGGUCAAUCCACAUGUUUCCAAAAGGGAACCUGUGUCCUCUCCAUCCAGCCCUGAUCCCAAAGGCCUCCCCCCCGCACUGGCUAACCCCAGCGAGUUCAACACCUACGGAGGAAAGACCAAGGUCAUGAACCCUGCUCCUACAGCCGUGACAAGGAGCAACCUCCCCGACAUCCUCAGCUCCCACAUCACCAAGAGUCAGUCUUUGCCUCCCAGGUCGGAGCUGCAGCCCAUUGAGCCCAACAGCUACGGAGGAAAGAGCCGAACCAUCAACCCUUCCUCGGGGUUAACUCGGCCCUCAGAACCUCCAGCCAGGAGUUUCAAACAUCCAGCGCCGGCCCCGGCCCCGAGAGCCCCCCCACACGCUCAACAGAAAGCAGCAGCGACCCACGAUCACAAGCGAAGGCCCAGCUCCCAGUUCCGUCCCCAGGGAAUCACCGUGCAGUUUGCUGGACGGGGAACUUCGGACGAAUCGCGCUACGAGGCGUUGAGGAAACUGGGGCUGAUGUAA